CACCUCCCUUCCUCUUUCUUUGGUAGCCUCGUCUUGGUCUUUCCAGGGAAGUUUGCUUGUCUGACCAUUCAUGGCUCUAAACGAAGACAAACAAGUCAUUCAUCAUCAUGUGCUAAUGGUGGCAUUCGCAGCUCAAGGUCACAUUAAUCCAUUGCUUAGAUUUGGCAAACGCCUUGUCUCCAAAGGCCUCCAUGUCACACUUGCCUGCACCGAAACCACCAAACAACGCAUGCUAAAACAAUUCACCGCCACCACUGACGAGAACGACAACAACAACAACGUCAGCAAAGGCACCGCAAGCCAUUCUAUUUCUGAUAUCCAACUUCUGUUUUUCUCUGAUGGGUUCGACUUAGACUAUGACCGCAAAGCCAAUUUAGAACACUACUUUGAAACUCUAGAAAAAGUCGGACCCGUUAACCUCUCAAACCUUAUCAAAGAACACUACUAUAAUAACCAUAAGAAACUCUCUUGCAUCAUCAUCAAUCCGUUUGUUCCAUGGGCGGCUGAUGUUGCUGUUAAGCAUAAAGUCCCUUGUGCCUUGCUCUGGAUCCAACCAUGUUCACUCUUUGCUAUUUAUUAUCGUUUUUUCAAUAAACUAAACUCGUUUCCCACCUUAGAGAACCCUGACUUAAGUGUUGAGUUACCAGGAUUACCACUGUUGUCCACAGAAGAUCUGCCUUCAUUUGUUCUUCCUUCAAAUCCGUUCAGUAGCCUCCUUAAAAUAUUCUCUGACUUGUUCCAAAACAUGAAGAAGCACAACUGGGUAUUAGCCAAUUCAUUCUUUGAGUUAGAGAAAGAAGUCAUUGACUCCAUGUCUGAGCUUUGUCCAAUCCGACCCGUCGGUCCUCUGGUCCCCACUUCGCUACUCGGUGAAGAUGAAAAAUUCGAUGUCGGUGUUGAACUCUGGACACCGGAAAAUGCUUGCUUAGAAUGGCUAAACAAACAGGCAGUUUCUUCAGUUAUUUACGUAUCAUUCGGUAGCAUCAUCGUCUUUUCAGCAAAACAAAUGGAGGUCAUAGCAACAGCUCUAAAGAAUAGUAACCAUCCGUUCUUAUGGGUUGCCAAGCAACCAGAAGUUCCAACACCUGACGGUGCAGGAGAAUUACCAGAUGGGUUCGUCGAAGAAACGAAAGACCAAGGCUUUAUUGCAUCUUGGUGUCCCCAAACCAAAGUUUUGGCCCAUCCGGCUAUUGCAUGUUUCAUAACUCAUUGCGGAUGGAAUUCUAUGUCAGAAACAAUAGUUGCAGGCGUGCCAGUGAUCGCAUAUCCUCAAUGGACCGACCAGCCAACGAAUGCAAAGCUUGCAACUGAUGUUUUUAAGAUUGGUCUAAGGAUGAGGCCAAACAGUGACGGUAUUGUUAGUACUGAGGAAGUGGGAAAAUGUAUUAAGGAAAUCAUUAGUGGACCCAAAUCAGAAGAGUACAAGAAGAACUUAACGGAAUUGAAGGUUGCAGCAAGGAAGGCAGUGGCCGGCGGGGGCUCGUCGGACAUGAAUAUUCAGUGGUUGGUUGAUGAGAUUAGUAAUGGAAAUUCUUGUGAAAGUGAAGGUUUACUCAAUGACAGACAGCGAGAGGAAGAAGAUAAGGUUAGGACUUAAGGGUCUAUUAAUUAUAGUUGUUUUGGUUCACAUAAUGGGAAAGAGCCCCAUCAUUGUGAAAAUUCAACGCAUGUAUUAUUGAAAAGUUAGAAUAAUUAAGAGAAUGCAGCUAUUAUCUGAAUUGUCUCUUGCUGAGAAAACUGUGAUCACAAAUGAAUGACAAGAGUGUCCAGCUCUUAUGGUGUGGACAUAUUGAAUCACCUAAAAAUAAAAUUACAAUAAAAAGAAGCCACACGUUUAUAAGAUUAAUACGCGAA